UCCAGCGCCAGUCGACUUUCGUACAUGAAAGGGGAACCAUCGCUGCGGCGACUCGCCUCGCCGAACUUUCACCUCCCGCGGCGAUAUCGUUAUUUGUGAUAAAUACACCACAUUGAGUGAAAUUGAAUGUGCGCGUUCUUAGAAACGGUUUCUGCUACGGCACGCGGACGAAGCGCCGCCGGCGACGUCGAUUUCUACAAAAUAAUUUCUCCAGUGCGCUCGGCUUCUACGAAACUGCUUAUAAAGAGUUUACCGAGAAGCGCAACGGCAGUAAAGUGGAUUUGAGGAAAUAUUAGUAAUUAUAAGUGGUACUGUGUGUUUCCGUGUUUUGUUGUUACCUACGGCUUUUACAUUGGAUCCCAAUCACCCCAUCGCUCCUCCAAUGGUGGUCAAACUACCAGAUGCAUGUGUGGAAGUGGGGGUGCCUCUCAACAACUGGUCCAGUGGCGUAGCUUGCUGUCCAAACUGCAGGCAUGAGCUGCGAGUGUCCCUGACACCAUGCAGCGGGAAGACACAUGCCCAACCCCAGACACCUGUUACCCCACCCUUCACAAUACACCCUCCGUACUUGCCACAAUCUCCAUUAUACACAACCCCAUCCUCACCUUUCAUACCUUCACCAUACAAUGAUGAGUUGAGACGGCUAGCAGAUACUUUGAGAGCAUUAAGGCUCUCAGGGUGGUACUAUGGAAAUUUAGACUGGCAGGGUGCCCGAAGUUUAUUAAAAGAUGCCAGUGUUGGUGCUUUUGUUAUAAGAGACUCGGGUGACAGGAAUUUCAUAUUCUCACUAUCAGUACAAACAGAAAGAGGUCCUACUUCUGUGAGGUUACAUUUUGAAGAUGGAUUUUUUAGAUUAGACUGCGACAGACCAUUAGCGAGGUAUAUGCCGAGAUUUCGAUGUGUGGUAGAACUAGUACAACAUUAUGCGAGAGUCGGGGAACGAGGUGCAGCGGGCACAGUGUGGGUAGACAGAGAAGGUUGUACACAUUCACCAGUCCUACUCAAAACACCAUUACGAAAGAACCCACCAUCAUUACUCCAUGCUGCCAGACUUGCAGUACACAAAGCAUUGUCUAACCCACUAAGACCUAAAAUAUGGUGCGCACCAAAACACAGGCUGUUGCCUCUCCCCUCAACUUUAAUAGACUAUCUCGGAGAAUAUCCGUACUCAAUCUAAUAUUUGGAUCUGUGUUAAUUUAGAACUCAUUUAAUGCGUACCUCUUGUCUGUUGGUUUGUACAUUAUAAAGUCAGAUCAGUUCAUAAUAUAUUUUAAAUCUUUCUUGGGAGAAUAUGGUACAAAAAACUGCCGAAUGUUAUGCAUUUAUAUUAUUUCAUUGCCAUUUAUAAUUAUUUGGCACAGCAUUGGCUUUUUAAAUAUAUUCAUAAAUAUUUAAAUGUAACCUAACGAAGAUAAUAAAAAACCUAGCUUGGGAACUAAUUACUAAUUUUAUCACAUCAUUUUCAGUGUAAAGAAAUUGUUUCUAUAUUAUUCCGCAAUAUGGCGAGGUUUUUUAUAUUAUUGGUUGUGCUAUAU